GUAUUUCAGUUUGAGCAUUAGACUGAAAUAUUCAGUUGAUUUUAGACUUGCAAGAUAAAAAGAUCUUUAACUAAAUUUUAAUAUUCUCUUUGACAGUUUUUUUUUUUUUAUUUUUUUUUCUGAUGAUGGAAAUUUGUACGGUGCUUUUGAGUAUUUUAGUUAUUAUAAUUGUGUAUUUUUAUUAUGAAUAUAACAAAGUGAAAUAUUUUGAAAAACAUGGAAUUCCACAUAAUAAACCAUGGCCACUCCUGGGAGAUAUGGGAGUACCAUUGCUUACGAGAAGAUCAGUAUUUCAAUAUAUUCGAGAUGUAUAUAAUUUAAAUAGCGACGCUCAAUACGUUGGUUUAUAUCAAUUUAGUAGACGAAUAAUAUUAAUCCGUAAUCCAGAAUUAAUUAAAUCAAUUACAAUUAAAAAUUUUGAUCAUUUUGUUAAUCAUCUCGCGAUUGUUGAUCCAAAAACAGAACCACUUUUUGCUAAUAAUCUUAUUUCGUUGCACGAUGAUAAAUGGCGAGAAGUAAGAAAUCUUUUGACACCUGCAUUUACGUCAAGUAAAAUGAAAGGAAUGUUCAAGUUAAUGACAAAUAUUGGUGAAAAUUUUGUUGACUAUCUCGUGGAAGAUUCAAAAAAUAAACCACUUGAAAUAAAUUCAAAAGAUGCAUUUUGUCGUUAUACAAAUGAUGUUAUAGCAACUUGUGCAUUUGGAAUAUCAAUAAAUUCAAUGAAAGAUAAAGAUAAUGAAUUUUAUACACUUGGUAGAAAAGCUUCAAUAUUUGAAGGUUUCUCAGCCAUACUAAAAAUGAUGUUUAUACUAAAUUUUCCAACUUUAACAAAAUUAUUUAACGUUAGACUUAUUGACAGUAAAGUAGAUAGAUUUUUCCAAACAGUUGUAGAAGAUACAAUUCGUACAAGAGAUGAAAAAGGAAUAACAAGACCAGACAUGAUUCAAUUGAUGAUGGAGACAAGAGCUAAUAAAACAAGACCACCUUUAUCAAUUCAGGAAAUGACAUCACAAGCUUUUACUUUUUUUUUUGGAGGCUUUGAAACAUCAUCAAGCCUCAUGACAUUUGUUGUACACGAAAUUGCUGCUAAUGAGGACAUUCAAACAAAACUACAAAAAGAAAUUGAUGAAAUGUUUAAAAAAACAAAUGGAGAUGUAACAUAUGAAGCUGUAAAUGGACUUGUUUAUCUUGAUGCAGUCAUUAAUGAAGCACUCAGGUGCUAUCCCAUUACUGGAGUUUUUGACAGAGUUUGUACAAAAAGUUUUGAAUUACCUCCAACGUUACCAGGAAAAAAACCACUUCGUCUUGAACCUGGCGAUUAUUUAUGGUUUCCGGUUUAUCCAAUUCAGAGAGAUCCAAUGUAUUUUGAUGAUCCAGAUAAAUUUUAUCCUGAUAGAUUUGUUGAAGACCCUCAAGGCACUUUGCAUUCACCAGCAUACAUGCCAUUUGGAUUAGGUCCACGAAUGUGUAUUGGAAAUCGAUUUGCAUUAUUACAGACAAAAGUAUUAUUAGUGUAUCUUGUUGCUAAAUGUCAACUUAAACCAGGUAAAAAAAUGAUUAUGCCACUCGAGUUCAGUAACAGCAUGAUGAUGAAUGCUAAAGGAGGUUUCUGGUUGGAAAUACAACCAAGAAAAAAAUAAACAGCUAUGAUAUCCGAUAGCUCCGUUUAUUUAAUAUAUUUUUAUCAAAAAAGGAGAACGAAAAAAAAAGGGUGGCCAUAAAAAUCGCGAGUCAAGAUUCGAGUGAAUUAAUUUAAUAAUUAUUUUCUAUUAUACGAGGAUAUUAUUUUUAAAACUUGCCGAAUUCAAUAAAAUGACCGAUCGUCUAUAGAAAUUGUAAUUACUAUUAUAAAUAUAUAAUAGUAAUAAAUUAACUGAAAGACAAAUCAAUAUUUGUAAAAGUUAUGUAUGAUGAUAUCAAUUUCAAUUUAUAAUAUAAAUUCAUGAUGAUCAUGAUGAUGGUAAUGACAUCAAAUUUAAAAAAAACAGAAUCACUAAACAAGAUAUUUUGUAAAUAAAAAAAUUAAAUAUAUCAAGUAAUCGACAUAUGCAUAUAUCUAUCGAAGAACCGAAACUGGCCGCACAAAAACUUAAUACAUUCACGUAUUAAUGAAAAAUUCAUGUCAAUCUAUAUUUUGUAUAAAUAUAAAUUUAUUUAUGAAAAUUUCGAUUUUAUAUACGUUGAUUGUUUUUUUUUUUUUAAUUACAAAUUGAUUCAAUAUUUCAUAAUAAUCGUUUUAAUAUUUACCAGAAUUUAGGUUUUGAUUUCAAAGCUAACAUUAUAAAAAUAUUUACAUUUAAUAUUUAUUUUUUUAUUGUUACAAUAUUCAUUGUUAUUUAAAUAAUUUUUUUUUUUAUAUUAUUAUUUUUAUAUUGUUAUUAUUUUUGCAACCUUAAGUUUAACAACUAUCGUGUGUGCAUGUGUGUGGACAUAAAUUAAUUUAUUAUUAUUAUUAUCUUUUGUUAUUAAAGAAGGUUGAAAUUAUUUUAUUAAUAAAUUGUAAAAAAAAAUGUUUGAAAAUAUAAAUAAAAUUAAAAUAAUAUUGUCUUUUGAUGUAAAUAUGAAAAUAAAUAAGAAAUUAAAAUUUAAUAAAAUUAAAACGACUUAUAUAUGAAUUAA